UUCCAUUUAACGGCCUCACUAUUCAACAAAGAAAAUUACUUAAAAAGGAAGUUUUUUUCUCCACUGUUUUUUUCAUAAAGAUUUUAGUUUUUGAGAUAAUUUGAGUAUUUUUUUUUUCCUUUUUAUUGCUUUUAUAUCUUUAUAUUUAUUUAAUUUAAGAAAUUUUUUAUUUUAUAAAAACUUAUUUAGUUUUGGAAAUUUAGAUGUAAAUUCUCAAAUGUUUUUUAUAUAUAAAAACAACCAUAAUUUUAAAUUUUUCUUUCUAAACAUUUAAAUUUUUAGUCAAGUUUUUAUUUUUUUAAAAAAAUAAAUUUUUAUUUAUUUAAAUUUUGAAAGAUAGUCUUUUUAAAGAAUAAAAGACCAAUUAACUAUUUCAAAUAAUUAGCAAAUAAGGAUUAAACUAACACUUCUAUAUUUUAGUAACAUUAUAAAUAUGUCUAAGAAAUUUAAGUACGUUGAGAUAUAUUUGACACGAAAUUAAAAACUCAGACAUUUAUUUGUAAAAAAUAAUAGAUUAAAUGGUGAUAUAAGUGAAAUCUUUGAUGGUUUUUCUAACCAAUUUCAUAACAAUGGAAACACUUUUUGGAACAAUUUAUUGAUUUAUUUGAAUGGAUAGUUAGAUUUAAAUACAAAUUUGGAAAUUAUUUGCAUUUUCUAAAAGAGACUAAAAAAGAAAAGAAAAACAUCACGUGAGUAAGAUAUGGAGGGAGGGAACCCAUAUUCAUCUCAGCCCUAUGCAAAAUGCUUCCUUAUAAAUUCAACAUCUUCACUAACAUUUCCUUGUCAGUGUUACUGAAUACGUUGACGAAAUCCGAACCUUUUCAAAGUCUCCGGCCACUCUCCGAUGACUUCUCCGGCUAGGGUUGAGGAAACAAGAAAAAAUGAGGCAGAUUCUUCAAAUCCUCGUCAACGUAUUCUCAAUGUGGCUCCCAUCAAUAGCAUGCCAUAUAUUGGUCCACCUCUACCACACAGCUACAUUCCUUCUUCUCCACGAGUUGAAGAUCCAGAGGCUAUGGUGAAGGUUGGGCCAGCUAUGGUAUAUUGCCCUCUCACAACCAGUCAAGAGUGGGAUGAUAUAGUAUCUGCCACCAAAGCUGGAGUUUCCCUCACUGGGACUGCAGCCAUGGGAAAAGUUGGACCAGUCAUUGGACGUGUAGACAUUGCUGAGAACGAGAAUUCAUACUUCUUCCGCGUAUCUCUUCCAGGGGUUGCUAGAGAUCAAAACAGUUUCAGCUGCGACAUGGAACCGGAUGGGAAAGUGAAAAUAAGAGGAGUAACAACAACAGGGGAAAACAUAGUUUGUAAGAAUUCACAAAUAUUUCGGAUGCAAUCGAAAAAUCUAUGCCCGCCAGGUCACUUCUCUAUCACCUUCCAGCUACCUGGUCCUGUCAAUAACCUACAAUUUUCAGGUGCUUUUGGUGCAGAUGGGAUUUUAGAAGGGAGUGUAGGUAAAAGGUGAUUUAACAGGCUUAAAUGAUUUGUUUUGGGGUGUUAAUGGGUUAGAAUACAGGAUGAUUGUUGGCUCAUUUUGGUAUGAUAGGUUUAGGAAAAGGCCUCUCUGUGGAAAGAAAACUAUUUUUUAGGAAACAUGGGCUAUUAGGAAAGACAACUCAUUUUUUUGUCUCUCAUUCUGAAGGAGAUGCUUUGAAAGGAUCAGCUUUUAUUUUCUCAACCAAGGUCCCAGAAAAUCAUCGCAAUGCUAUGAAAUUUGUAAUUUUGUCAAAAGAUUUGUUGUAUAGAUAAACAAAGUGACUAGUCCAUUUUACUUUCAAGUUCAUGAUAUCUGUAUGUC